GUUGCGCGCGGACAUGGAUUUCUGCAUCAGUUUGUGCGACUGCUUCGUGGCAAUGCAAACAGAUUUUGUGCCGCGAUUAUCAAUGUAAAUGCCUUGAGAUACACUGGCAAUUAAUGUAAAUAGUUUAAAUUUCAAAACGUGUUAAGCUGAACCGUGUCAGAUAAUCAGACAGGUAAACCUAAUAUUUAUAGCAUACUGGUGGUGUGGCAGAGCAGAAGAUCGCAGCAUUGACAUUGAAAGUGAAAGUAUGCAGUGUUGAAGUGCGCACUACAGGAUCACUGUGAUCGAGCGAGUCAAGACAAAAAGUAAGAGCUGGAAAAUGGGUGUUGUUAAUGUUAUACUGGUUCUGCUGGUUUGCAGCUUCACUGCUGUAUGUGAAGAUAUCAUAAGUUACUGCGAAGAUGUGACUGCACAUGUGCGAGAUGAAAUAACUCUCACCUGCACAGUCUCUUAUCCAAGCCAAAAAUGCUGCGUGAAGAUGUACAAGUUUAAUACAGCAGCAAGUAAUGAAGAAAUCUGUAAAAAUCAGUUUAGAAGAGAUUCCUGUAAACAAGAGAACAGAUUUUCAUGUCCUUACACUGCAAAAAAAGUAAUGACAACAAAAUUUAAAUUCUUUUUGCAAACCGACUGUGGACAAAAGGCAACAUACUUCAAUGUGAGCACAACAGUUGCUGUUAAAGUUGACACAGGUGACACAGGAGGUGGAUUAAAUAAACUUGAGGAUAACCUUGCAGAUGAACCUUCUGCCCAAACAGAACAAGAUAAAUCAGCACUUGCUGUCAUCAUUGCUGUCAUAAGCUCUUUCAUCAUUAUCAUCAUGGCAUUCAUUCUCAAGAAGAAGAAAAACAGACCUAUACCUCAGGUUCACUAUUCGGAUCAUUUGAGUGAAAUAAACAUGGUUGAGAAACAGUGUACCUGCAACGUCCAACCAAACUAAUAUUCAUGUUUUAACUAAAGCUCAUACAGGGUUUAGGGUAAUCCAAAACUAGGUUUUAGAUAUAUAGACCCCUUUAAAGUUUAUAAACAUUGCAACGUCUCCGGGUGGGCGGGGCUUAGCUGGAGGAAAAAGAGCUGCGGACGCAAUGUUGAUGACAGGCGUAAGCACAUUUUAAGAUGGAUUUGGAUGUAGAAGAAGCUUCAGAACUGUCCAAAUAUAUACAGUUACUGAUUCUGUACUGGAUAAAACCAACACACCAGUACAUAUGACUAUUUUACUUGAUAUGAAGUGCGAGAGUGUGAGAGAAAGAAAGAAAGAAAUCAAAUAAUAUUUUUAUCUUUUUUACCAGUUCUGUAUCCUUUAAAUUUUAAUAAUUUGAUUAAGGGUUCUAUUGGGACAUUGUAGUUUUACAUACCUCACAAAAAAAAAAACAUUACUGCUGUGCAUUUGAGACAAAACAAUGGCAGUGAUAUAUGUUAAGAUAUCUCUGUGCAAGCUGCUUCCAGUUAAGACAGCUGAAAUAUACAAUUUCUGUGAAAUUAAAGUUUUAGUAUAGAUACAAUUUAAAUAAUGAGGGGCUUAUAGUUUUCUUUGGAUAUAAAUGUGAUAAAGAAAACACUUUCUGUAAAAAUUUCAGUAUUACUGGCAGCUGUUUGCUAGUAACUUACUAUAUAUUUAUUUGUGUUUUUUUACUGGCAACAGUUUGUUCAAAGUUAAAUGAACAUUAAACCUUAACAAGUUUUUACUUUUACAUAAUAAAACUAAAAUAGCAGCCUCAAGCAAAGAAUUCUGGGAACCAAAAUCUGAAGGAAAAAACUGAAAAAGGUUAAUGAGGAUUCUAGUUCCCAGAAUGCCACACAUGAGGCUGUUAUUUUAUAGUUUUAUAAUAACAAAGUCUUGUUAGUUAGUGUUUAAUGUUCUUUUAACCUUGAACAAACUGUUGCCAGUAAAUAACAUUAAUUUAAAUCUACUGACAAACAGCUGCAUAACAUACAGCAAUUUUUACAGUGAACACGUUGUAGCAUUAUUCUUGGCCUGUAUAAACAUAAUACGAAGAUGCACAGACAAGGAAACUAAAACCAAGUUUGCAUAUUUCAUUAUUUGCAUUAGGUGUGUGGUGAUAGUGUGUCACUUUUUACUUUCUGUAUGCUCAAAGUUUUACUAUGUCAAAAUUUUGUUUUGAAAUUGUUUCAAUGUUUUCGGGCCUUACAGCCUGUAAGUAGGAGAUAUGCCAAACUUGAUGGGAAAAGAUAAACAGACCAUUUUGCAAGAUGUAAACAACACUAGAAGUGGACAAUAGGCAAUGCUAUAAUAAUCACAUUUGCAUUUUGUUUAAAAACUCUGGCAAUGUAUGUGAUACAAAUACAAACUAGUUUUAAACUCUUUCUACAUUUUUUGUCCAAUUUGCAUGACAUUUUGUAGCAUUAACAGACACAACAGAAAUCACAAAAGAAAGUUAUUUAACCUUUUAACCAUUCCUGUCAACAACGGCGUAGCACAACACCACCUACUGGUCAUGAGAAAUAAUAAAUAGAUUAUCAUUUGUGCUUUAGCUUGUUAUUAUAACACAUUAUGUAUGUAUCUUGUGACAAACUGAUAUUAUCCAGGGUUCUUUGAUCUUUGAUCUGUCCAAAAGGAUUUCUGGCAUUUUUAUAUUUUAUAGCACUACGACUUCUUUAUGUCCACCAUGCUGAAUCUUAUUAAAAAUCUACUUUUAUAAACUCCUAUGCCAUUUGCCUGUUAUUUGCAUGUUGUAAAUAUAUCAUGUAGAGACAGUUAUCAAAGGAAUAUAUAUGUGAUCACAAUCAUGUUUCAUCAAACUUUAAAGAUGAAAGAUGACCUAAAUAACAUCUUUAUUCAAAUAUUCAGGUUUCUUUAGAAGAACACAUUCAGAGCAUUUAUAGUUUAUUAAGAAGAAAAUAAGCAAAAAUGUCCAUGAAAUUAAAUAUUGAAUUUGAGAAAUAUUAUCAUAAACUGUAAGUUAUGUAACAUUGACUGAAUAAAUAGGAAAUGAAAUAUAAAACGGCAUCAAUGUAAUGUAAUCUUACUCAUGAUUUACUGUAAUGUCUUCAGAUUCGAGGCAGUUUCCCAGACAGGGUAUAGAUGAAUCAGAAUAAGCCUUACUGUAGUUAUUGAGUCAUUUAAAUAGUUUUAACAAGCAUACUUUACAUUUUAUGAUAUGUCCGGGCAAAAUUAAGACAGCUCAAACUUGCAUUUUAGUCUGUGACAAAUCCUGUCCAGGAACUGCCCCAUUAUGUUGGCAUUACUCUGAGAUGUAUUUCCUUGUGGACAAGUUGUGUCAUGUCAUGCAUUUCCUAUAAUAUAAUGAAUCAUUUUUCUUCUUUUAAAGGUUGAAAACGAUAUAUUUAUAAUAUAAAUCCAUCAUUAGCUGCAUUUUAUUAUUUGCAUUUAGCAUGUUUUCCUAUUGCUGCAUAACACUGUGUAAAA